CAAAACAUGGGCGAAAGAGCGUGCCCAGCCUCAAGGCGUGGAUGGGAUGCUUCUCUGUCGCAAGAUGUUCAUUCAGCGGUCUUGUCUGUGCAUGAAGCCGGCAAAUGAUAAGAAAGUAUGUUAUGCUGGGCUCUCGUUGGGACUGCGCCCUGGCCGCGCGAGGCAUCCAGCCACCUCGUUCAAUUUGAGCAAUCGACAGAAAACGCAGGGAGCGCCCCAGAGGCCUUGUUCCUCAUAAUUCAUGGCAUAGAUAUUAUAGUGCUUAACUGAAAUGGCCUAACAGAUACUGGCAGCGACCUACUUGCUCACGAGCCCGCGCAGAGUGUCGCUUGGCGCUGUCCCGCGUUUUCGGGCAGCCAGGCCGACACAGGUAGCUUCACAUAUUGUAUUAUAAGAAGUAGCAUGGCGUACGGUGUGGAGCCAGCUGCUGCUCGUCGGGAGGUCGAUGUGGGCACAAGAGACGUCGACGUUGUGCUCGAUGACGACCUGGACGACGCCGAUGACAUUGGAGGCGACCAGUAUGAAGGAUAUGAAUAUGAGGGAGCGCCGCAGGCCGACCCCGUCGACUACGAGCUGCUCAUCAGCGUGGCGCACGGUCUGGGCAAGUGGAUGCAGGACACAGCCACCGGACACAAGGUGUACGUUAAGGACAAAGACUGUGUUGGCUGCCUGAAGGACCUGCAGCGCUUCCUCCGCCGUGACGACCCGGAGCUGCGGCCGGUGUUCAUGAGGCUGGGCGAGUGGCGCAUCGCGGCGCAGGACCUGGUGCCGCUGCUGGUGACGUACCCGCACGACAAGGACGUCACGCUGCAGACAGUCAAGGCGCUGACCUACCUCACCAUGCCUGUGGAGUCCACCAGCGCGCGGCCGGCGGUGCAGGAGGGGUACGUGCGGGACGUCAAGGAGGCGCUGCUGCAGCAGGAUGCUCUGGCCGCGGUGUUGGGUCUGGUGGCCGAGCCGCUGGCCGCCCACCCGCGCAUGAGCCCGGAGCAGCAGAGCGCGGUGCAGCUGGUGCUGGUGCUGCUGCGCAACCUGCUGGCGGUGCCGGACGAGCGGCCCAGCCCCACGCUGGCGGCGGGCUCGGCGCGCACGCGGCUGCAGUCCUCGCUGCUGAGCCUGCUGUUCUCCGAGUCCAUCAUGGAGCUGCUGCUGCUGGUGGCGCAGCACGGCAGCCAGGCGCCGCUGCGGCGGGAGAUGCCGGUGCUGCUAGAGAUCAUCCACGACACCUUCAAGGACAUCCAGCCACACCAGCUGCUGGCAGCCAAGCAGCCGCCGCCGCCGCCCAAGCCCAAGCAACCGCCGCCGCCGCCACAGCAGCAGCAGCAGCAGCAGCAGCAGCAGCAGCAGCAGCACCAGCCUGCAGCACAUGCGCCGCCCGGCGCAGCCAAGCCCGCCGCCACCAAGCCCAGCCCCGCGGCGUUCCACGGCUCCGGCGCUCCCGCAGGCAGCCGUGCGGCGCCGGGCGCCGGCGGCGCCGCCGCCUCCGGCGCCGCCAGGGGCCCCGGCCCCGCCGGGCCGCCCUCCGCCCUGGGCAGCGCGGUGCAGGCGCAGCUGCGUAAGCAGCAGCUGGCGGCGGCGGCCAUGCUCCGCGGCAAGGCGCCGGUGUCGCGCCAUGCCGGCUUUGGCGGGCGGUUUGUGGUGGCGCACACGGACGACCCGGGGCAGCGCCGCAGCUUCAUCUCCAAGCCCGGCCAGGCGCCGGGCGGGGCGCUGGCGGUCAAGCAGCUGAUCGUGGACGCUCCUGCCAAGAUGGAGGGCGCCCGCCCCGGCGCCGCCACCUCCAUGCCGGCGGUGGCUGCGGCCGCGGCGGCGGUGGCGGCGGGCGGCGCGGGCAGCGGCAGCUCGCUGCUGCGGCGGCAGGCGGAGCUGAUGUGGAGCCUCAGGGGCUUUGCGGACGACCUCAUCGCCAGCGGCUACAACCAGAUGAUGGAGAUGGUCCGCAAGGAGGUGGCUGCGGGUGUGGGUGUGGGGCGGCUGGAGCGGCCCGACCUGCUGCGCUUCAUGCGGGUGGCGGCCUUCUUCAGCGCCUACUGCAGGAUGAAGCAGGAGGCGGCGCCGGCGAACAGGACCAAGCAGCCCAAGAAGGCGGCGGCGGAGCAGGAGGCCGGCAAGGAGGGCGGCGGCAAGGCGGCGGGCGGCGAGGCGCAGCCGGAGGGGGCCGGGGCGCGGGCGGCUGAGGCGGCGGAGGCGGAGGCUGAGGAGGAGGACUCGCCGUUUGCUGGCAUCAGCGGCACCAUGGGCUGGGACACAUUCCACCUGGUGUGCAAGCUGUGGGUGGAGCAGGCCGACACCAGCGGCAAGCUGAGGGACUGGGAGCUGCAGGCCGUGUCCACCCGCCUGCUUACCGAGAUGCUUGCGGUGCUGGCGGCCGCGCACCGCCACGGCUCCCCCCACGACCGCGCCGCCGCCGACCGCCUGCAGCGGCGCCUGCUGCAUGACGACCUGGCGGACAGCGGGCUGCUGCCGGUGCUGGCGCGCCUCAUGGGCGGCUUCAACUUCGCGCGGCAGGGCCGGGCCUACGCAUGCGACCUGGUGACGGCGCUCAGCCACGUGCUCAAGAUGUACGACAGGCUGACAGCGCUGGAGCCGGGCGGCUUCAUGGUCAAGGCCAAGAAGCGCGGCGGCGGCGGCGGCGGCCGGCGUAAGAAGAAGCAGCAGCAGCAGAAGGAGGACGAGGAGGCGGAGGGCGGCGAGGGCGAGGAGGGCGGCGAGAAGGAGGGCGGCAGUGACAAGGAGGAGGAGGGUGGCGGCAGCGGCAAGGAGGAGGAAGCAGGGGCCGCAGCUGACCCCGCCGCCGCCGCCGCCCGGCGAAAGGCCCUGGAUGAGCUGAUGGACGAGAGCGGCCAGGGCUCGGGUGACGAGGACGACGAGGAGGAGGACGAGGACGGCGGCCGCCGCCAACAGGUGGUGGAGCGGCCUCUGGACCUGGAGUCCAAGGUGCGCGGCAAGCUGGCGCAGCCCGCCGUCAUCCACUUCGCGGCGCAGCUGCUGGCGGCCUACCGCGGCCUGCCGCCGGGUGUGCCGCGCGCGCUGACCAGCCUGCUGUACCGCAUUGCCGGCAGGGACCGCUGCGACCUGGAGCCGCUGCUGUACCAGAUCUCGGUGCUGCGUGUGUUCUACGUCAUCCUGUCAGACCCCGACCUGCGCUCGCCCGCCCGCCUGCCGCACUUCCGCGAGCUCCUGCACUUCUGCACCGCAGUCGUGCGCAACCUCUUCCGCCGCCUCGUGCCUGAGCGCGCGCCCGGGGGCGGCGCCGCCGCGGCGGCGGCGGCGGCUGGCGGCGGCGAGAAGGAGAAGAAGCAGGGGAAGGGGAAGAAGGGGGGUGGGGAGGGCAGUGGGGAGGACAGUGAGGUGGAGCAGGAGGGCGAGGAGGCGGCGCGGCGGCGCAAGCAGGAAGAGGAGGAGGAGGAGGAGGAGGAGCUGACGGAGGAGGAGAGGCAGGCGCGGGCGGCGCGGCGCAAGGAGCUGGUGGCGGAGAUCCACGACAAGGCCCCCCGCAUGCUGGCGGUGGACCUGCUGUUCUGGAAGGACCACACGGGCGCGGCGGCCGUGAACCAGGACUACUGGCUCUACAUGGGGCUGGAGGAGCGCGAGCGCGAGGAGGCCGAGGACCGCCGCGCUCGCGCCGCCGCCGUGGCCCGCGGCCGGGACCCCCACGCACCGCCGCCCACGGAGGGCGCCGCGGCGGACCGGCGGCGGCGCCGGCGUGACGCCUGGGGCCAGGAGGAGGAGGGCGAGGCGGAUGACGAGAUGGCGGAUGCGGAUGAUGAUGAUGAGCGGGGCGGCGGGGAGGAGGGGGCGCCGCGCACGGCCGGGCGGCUGCGGCGCCGCGGCGGAGCGGAGGGAGAGGAGGGAGAGGAGGGCGGGGACGGGCUGGAGGACGAGGACGACGGCGGAGCAGCCGCGAAUCGCCCGCCCGGUACCGCCACGCAGCAGCGCCGCCGCGCCGCCUUCGGCAUGGACGACGACGACGGCGGCGAGGCGGCGGCGGGUGGCGGCGGCGGCGGCGGCGGCGGCCUUAAGACGCCGGCGGCGGGCGGCCGGCGGCCCGGGGUUGUGUGGAGUGACGACGAGGGGGAGGGCGCCGACGCACGCGCCAACCGGCCCGCUGCCGCCGCGGCGCCUGCGGCUGCUGUGGCGGCUGCUGCGGCUCGCAAGCACAUGACCCUGAAGGAGCGCGAGGAGAUGCUGCGCAAGCGCUUCCUCAAGACGAUCAAAGUGGGCAACGGCAAGAACAAGCGCUCCGGCAACCUGGCCACCGCGGCGGCAGCCGGUGGCGGCGGCGCCGCCGGAGGCGGCGGCGGCGGCCGCGGCCUGUCUCUGUCGGCUGCUCAGAAGGCCCUGCUUGCCGCCGUGUUUGAGCGGCACAACUCCUCCAGACACAACAUGGACAUGAUCCUGGAGGCCAUGAAGCGCGGCGGCCGCAGCGCGCGCCGCGCCGCCGGCGGGGCGGAGGAGGAGGAGGACAGCGAGGGCGAGGACGCGGCGGCGGGCGGCGGCGCGGCGGCGGGGGCGGCGGGUGUGGACAUGAGCGGCGGGCAGCUGCUGCGUCAGCUCAAACUGAUGGGGCUCAAGUUCCGGGAGCUCUCGGAAAACCAGCUGUCUCGGCUGAAGUCGCUGUGGCAGCGCUACGCCGGCGACGACGACCGCUUGCUCAUGAUCGCGGCCCAGCUGCCCGGCGGCUGGACCAGCAAGGACAUCAAACGACUAGCCACCAAGCAUGGACUCAUGGCCGGCGGGCGCCGCGGCAAGGGGCCCAAGGCCGGCGGCGGCAGCGGCAGUGAGGAGGAGGACGAGGAGGAGGGGGCCGGCGAGGGCGAGGUGGAUGAGGAGGAGGUGGAGGCGCUGGCGGAGGCGGAGGAGGAGCUGGGCAUCUUGUGGGAGGAGCACGGCAGCAAGCCACGGCAGGAGGCGCUGGAGGAGAUCACGGAGGCUCUGUCCCAGGACGUGUCGGCCGCGGCAGUAGCGGCCAAGCUGGUGCAGAUGGGGCUGCUACAGCCGCAGACCAGGAAGGCCAAGUCCCGGAAGGAGCCCGGUGCCAAGCGCGGCCGCGGGGCCGGCAAGGUGGACCCGGCGCUGCUGCGGCGGCUGCACGAGCAGCACGGCGCGCGGCCCGACCACCUCAACGUCAUCGCCGCACUGCUGCCGCCGGGGCCGGGCGGAGAGCCGCGCACCGUCAAGCAGGUCCAGCGGCUGCUGCGGGCGGAGGGCCUGUUGGGCGACGGCGACGCCAGCGGCAAGCGGCGGCGCGCGCGGGACGCCACCGAGCGCGCCCGCCUGCUGGCGCUGUACCAGCGGUGCCGGGCGGAGGAGGCGGCGGCGGCGGGGGCCUCUCAGGGCGGGGAGGAGGGCGUGCUGGGUCGUAUGGCGGAGCGUAUGCCGGAGCUGGGCGGCGGAGCCAAGCAGGUUGCUAAGCUGCUUCGCAAGCAUGGGCUGCUGGAGGCGCAGCAGCGCCGCCGCCGGGACGACGCCGACGGCGACGACGGAGCGGCGGCGGGCGGGGGCCGGGGCGGGCGCAAGGGCAAGGGCGGCCGCGACGGCGAGGCCGCUGACGCCGCGCCCCGCCGCGCUGCCCUAGUGGAGCCAAACACCGAGCGCGUGCUGCAGGCCCUGGCCGGCAUGUCCGAGGCCCACGCCGCCGACGGCGGGCGCUGGAUGAGCCCGAGCGAGGCGGCGGCUUGGCUGACGCGGCAGCUGGGCGCGGCGGAGGCGCUGUGGGCUGAGGUGGCGGCGGCGCAGGGCGGCGGCGCGGGCCUGUCCGACUACUGCCUAGUCAUGGCGGGCGAGGAGGACGAGAAGUUCUUCAUGACCGAGUACGCGCAGGAGCUGCUGGAGGCGUGCGGCAUCCGCAACACCAGCGACGACUACUACAAGGUGCCGGCGGCGGCGGCGGCGGCGGCCGGCGGCGGCUGGCGGCAGCGCGUGCAGGCGGCCCUGGCGGCGGGGCUGCAGGGGCUGGGCGGCGAGCGAGCGGCGGAGCUGGCGGCGGAGCUGAAGCAGCGCCGCGCCGAGGAGGAGGAGCGGCGGCGCAAGGAGCGCGAGGCGCGGGAGGCGGCGGAGGCGGCGGCCGCGGCCGCCGCGGCGGCGGCGUUUGCCAGCGCGGCCGGGCGGAAGAAGGCGGGCGGGGAGGAGCAGGCGGCGGCGGCGCUGGGCGGCGGCCGCGGCGGCCGCGGGCGUGGGCGUGGCGGCGCCGCGGGUGGCCGCGGCGGCCGGCGGCGUGGCUCGGCCGAGCAGCAGGACAAGGACGACGAUGAAGUGGAGGAGGAGGGCGCAGGCCCGCGGCGCCGCAACGGCCGCGGUGCGGCGGCGGCGGCGGCGGACGACGAUGAGAAGGAAGGUGCUUCCGCCUCCUCCUCCACAUCUGGGUCGGACUCGGGCAGUAGCGAUAGCGAAUCGAGCUCCUCGGACUCAGGCUCAGAGGACGACCGGCGGGGUGGCGGCGCAGACGGCGGCGCCGCCGGCAGCAGCGGCGACGACGAGGAGGAGCAGGAGGAGGUGGUGGUGAUGCCGGAGUACGACACGUCAUCGGCGUCUGAGCGCGAGUCGGAUGGCGGGGAAGAGGGCGCUGGCGGCAGUGGUAAGAAGAGGAAGAAGCAGAAUAAGAAGCAGGCGGCAGCGCAGCCGGCGCGCCGGGGCAGCGCGGGUGGCGCCAAGGGCGCGGCGGCGGCGGCCGCAGCGCAGGCGGGCGCCAAGGCGCAGCGGAAGCGCGUGCCGGCGGCCCUUGCGGGCGACAGUGAAGAGGACGCGGAGGCGGCAGGCCGCGGGCGAGGCGCCGGCAAGGCCGCAGGCAAGGCCGCGGCUAAGAGCAAGGACAAGCAGAAGGGGAAGGAGGUGAAGGGCAAGGGCCGGCGGCCGGAGCCGGGCGGCAAGCAGCAGCAGGAGGAGGAGGAGGAGGAGGCGGGCGGCGCGGGGCCAGCGGUGGAUGCGGAGGCGCGGCGGCGGGCGCUGGCGGAGCUGGCGCGGCGGCGGCAGGAGCAGGCGCGGCGGCAACAGGAGCGCAUGGCGGGCACGCUAGUGCCUGCGGCGGCGCCCUCACCCGUUGCAGCGGCGGCCCAGGCGCCAGCUGGCCUGGAGGACGAGGACGAGGACGUGGCGGGCAGCCCCGCGGCAGCAGCAGCGGCAGCAGCGGCCCGGCCCGCCGGCGCCGCCGUGGCGGGCAGCCGCCGCCGCCGCGUGGGCAGCGGCGGCGGCGCCCUUUCGGAAUUGGAUGAUGCGGACGUGGACGGCGCGGCGGCGGCAGCGGCUGGCGGCAAUGCCGAUGACGACUCGGAUGGCGGCGGCGGCCUGGGCGCGGCGAAGCGGCGGCGGCUGCUGAAGCGGGCGGCUGCGGCGGGCCUGGGCAGCGGCAAGGAGAACAUGGGCGUGGUGUCGCCUGGGACCGACGUGGAGGCGGCGGGCGGCGGCGGCAAGGCAGCCCGGGCGGCGGUGCAGGCAGGCCGUGGCGCGGCGGAUGAGGAAAUGAUGGAGCUGGAGGAUGGACUGGAGGACUUUUGAUUGAAUGCCGCUUUGUUGUGGAGGGAAGUGUAAGGUGUAAGGGAGGACAUGACACGGCCACACGCGGUGUGUGAGCAGGGGAGUGGACUCGUCCGUGCAGCGCAGUCGCAUUCGACGUGCGUGAUUGGUGCGGCAGGAGGCUGUGCAAGAGCGUAUAGCAGCAGCUAGCGUGUCAAAGCAAGCGGCGUCGUGCGCAAGGGACGUGUGGUGCUCGUAGGCGGGGUGUGAACCAAGGUGUGAACCAGGAAGCGCGUGGCGUCGCCAGUGCCGAACCAGCCGCUCAUCAUUUGGGGCACUGAGCUGCACAAAAUAACUGGUGCCCAGAUGGCUAUAUUAAACUCAUUGCACUAUGCAGUAAACAUUUCUCAGUUUGUAUAGACUGC